AUGAAUGGUGGACCGCUAGUCGCCCCUUGGACUGCUAUUUAUAAAAAACCAUCAGUUGUGAGAAUACGUCCGCUAAAUUCAAUUAGUACAUUAACAACCAUACUUCCAGCAGCGUCUAUUUCCACACAAAGCACACAAUUAGCAUCAGUUUCAAAUGGUAAUAAACCAUCAUCUAAUGAUGAUGAAGACAAUAAUAAACAAUACCGGCAUAGUCCUGCUAAUAAUGCAUACGUAUUACCAGCAAGUCUUAGUAUCAGCAGCAACAGCAGUAGCUGUAGCACAGAGAAAGAAACAUCAAAACAAAAAAAAAAGUUUAAGGAUCAUAACAAAUCAAAAAAUAAAGUGUGUUUCAGUAAACUCUGGACAAUGGUAAAGAAAAUUCCGUUGAAAUAUAAAAUUCUAAUUGGUAUUACAUUAGGUCUUCUAAUAUGUGUCAUAGCUGUUGUCCCAGCAGUUGUAAUUACAUUAUCACAGAAAAAAGUAUCCACCACUACAACAUAUUGUGUCAGUACAACAUGUAUCAACAAUUUAACUGCAUUCCAUGCGCCGCACACACUUGCAUUCUAUUCAAUGGAUGGUAACGUUAAUGACCUAAAUAAUGUUUACGACGGUCAACUUCUGUCUGCUACCGGUAGUAUAGGAUAUAAUGGUGGUGAUGCCUACUCUGGUCAAUCUCUGGGUCAACUUACUUCUACACAAGGACAAUACGUCCUACUGCCGUAUAUUCCAUUGUCGUAUCAAAGUUUUACAAUUGAAAUGUGGGUAAAAUUAAUCUAUAGUACAGGUCAGACUGACUAUGGACUGUUUGGACAAUGUUCCUCUACUACCUUACCUUUUCAAUGUCUGGUCUUGAGUAUACGAAAUUAUCAUCUUCACAUGUCAUUUGGAACGGGAGAUACAGAUCUGUACGGUGAAACAUAUUUGUAUAAUUAUAUCUGGGUCCAUGUAGCAUUUGUCUAUGAUUCUGUUUUGUUACAAAAGAGUAUCUAUAUAAAUGGAAUUAUCGAUGCUACGUCAUCAGUUUCUACUAGUCAACCAUUUCAAGGUGGUGCAAGUGGUAUGUCCACAAUUGCGUUAACAUCUAAUAAUUCCUAUUUUAAUGGUGAUCUUGAUCAAGUGACAAUUAGUAAUGUUGCUAAAUCAUCGUGUGAAAUUUUAAAUGAUGCAACCCUUGUUGUAUACUAUCCAUUUGAUACAACAAAUACUUUUGAGGAUUACGGUCCAACUUUUAUAAACGGUAACGGUGCUAAUCUUGUUUCUAAUCUCAAUGGUCGUCUCAAUCAGGCAAUCACCUUCAGUAGCAGUCAAGCCUACUUUCAAUCACAAUCAUUUACUUGUAUACAUCAAAUUGCUGCUUUUGGUCCUCCAUCAUUCUCAGUUAGUCUCUUCAUCAAUCCAACACAGAAUAGUACCACCAGUGGUUCUACUCUCGUUCAUCUCUCAGUUUCUCCAACUGGUUCAAUCAGUACUAAUUGGUGUGAUUACUGUUAUGAUCUACUUGCGUUAACUUCUACAAAUCUUCUCGUUGCUCAAAUAUUUACCUGUUCACCAUCGGCUGUAAGUUCUUUAACAUCGAGUGGAACGGCAAUUGUAGCUAAUCAGUGGACACAUAUAGCACUGACCUAUGCAUAUCAGAAUGGUGUUAGAUUGUAUGUUAAUGGAUUGUUAGUUGCCUUUACUACCUCAGGUUCUGUAUGGUUCUCACAGUACAAUGUACCUGCAUAUGUUACACUGGGAAAUACGUCGCCACUAGGUGUUGCUGUGACUGGUUGUACAGAUAAUAGUACCUUUCAUACACCGGGACCAUUUCAAGGUUCUAUAGAUGAAUUUCGUAUUUAUGGUAGAGAAUUGAAUGUCAAUGAAAUUUGUGUAUUGGCAAACCCAUCUACAACAUCGUCAGCUAGUAAUCAUCUCACACCGACGAUGGUAUCAUUGUUAAUGACAGUGGUGUUUUUGUUUCUUCAUUUUUUAAAACAUUUUGAACAGAAAAUAUACAGAUAA